AGAUUUGUCCAAUCCAGUGACCACUGAAUAUGGCAGAAGAGGUCAUCGUGCCCAUUUACUGUACUGGAGUCUCAGCACAGGUCCAGAAGCAGCGGGCAAAGGAACUGGGCUUGGGGAAACACGAGAACGCAGUGAAGUACCUUGGUCAGGACUUCGAGAGGAUUCGGCAUGAAUGUUUGCAGAAUGGAACUCUUUUCCGGGAUGACUCUUUCCCUCCUAUGGCUUCCUCCCUGGGUUUCAAAGAGUUGGGACCAAAUUCUUCUAAAACACAUGGAGUCAAGUGGAAACGACCUACGGAAAUGUGCCGCAACCCGCUCUUCAUUGUGGACGGCGCCACCCGUACAGAUGUCUGUCAGGGAGCUCUGGGUGACUGUUGGCUCCUGGCUGCCAUUGCCUCACUUACACUGAAUGAUCCCCUACUCCAUCGCGUGGUCCCCCAUGGGCAGAGCUUUCAAAAUGGGUAUGCUGGCGUUUUCCACUUCCAGAUCUGGCAGUUCGGCGAGUGGGUAGAUGUGGUGGUGGAUGACCUCCUCCCAACAAAGGAUGGCAAGCUGGUGUUUGUGCACUCUGCAGAAGGCAAUGAGUUCUGGAGUGCCCUGCUCGAGAAGGCUUAUGCCAAAGUAAAUGGCUGCUAUGAGGCCCUGUCUGGGGGAAGCACAUCGGAAGGGUUUGAAGACUUUACUGGAGGCGUUACCGAGUGGUAUGAACUCCGAAAACCACCCAGUGACCUCUUCCAGAUCAUCCAGAAGGCCCUGGAGAAGGGGUCUCUCUUGGGUUGCUCCAUUGAUAUCACAAGUGCUUUCGACAUGGAAGCCGUCACAUUUAAAAAGCUGGUGAAAGGCCAUGCCUAUUCUGUCACUGGAGCUGAGGAGAUCAACUACCGAGGGCAGAGGGUUAACUUGAUAAGGAUACGAAACCCAUGGGGAGAGGUGGAAUGGACUGGCGCUUGGAGUGACAGUUCUGGGGAGUGGAAUGUGGUAGAUCCCUCUUUGGGGCAGCAGCUAAGAAUUAAAAUGGAAGACGGGGAAUUCUGGAUGUCCUUCCAGGACUUCCUCCGGGAAUUCACCCGCCUCGAGAUCUGCAACCUCACUCCAGAUGCACUGAAGUCACGCAAACUCCGAAAGUGGAAUACCACACUGUAUGAUGGGACCUGGCGGCGGGGGAGCACAGCAGGUGGCUGCAGGAAUUUUCCAGCUACAUUCUGGAUUAACCCCCAGUUUAAAAUCCGUCUUGAUGAGGUGGACGAUGACGAUGAUGACGGGAGAAGAGAAUCAGGGUGCAGUUUCCUUUUGGCACUCAUGCAGAAACACCGGCGCCGGGAGAGGCAACUAGGGAAAGACAUGGAGACCAUUGGUUUUGCAGUCUAUGAGGUACCUCCUGAGUAUGUGGGUCAGUCCUCAGUCCACCUGAAGCGAGACUUCUUCCUGUCAAACUCUUCGAGGGCCCGCUCAGAGCAGUUCAUCAACUUGCGUGAAGUCAGCACGCGUUUUAAGCUGCCGCCGGGCGAGUACAUUGUGGUGCCUUCCACAUUUGAGCCUAACAAGGAAGGAGAUUUUGUGCUCCGGGUCUUCUCUGAGAAGAAAGCUGGGACAGUGGAAAUGGAUGAUCAGAUCCAGGCUACUCUGCCAGAUGAGAAAGUGCUUUCAGAGGGAGAAAUUGACGACAGUUUCAAGCAGCUCUUCAGGCAACUGGCAGGGGCGGAUAUGGAAAUCAGCGUUCGCGAACUACAGACCAUCCUCAACAGGAUCAUGGGCAAACAUAAAGACCUUCGGUCAAAAGGUUUCAGCAUAGAGUCCUGCCGGAGCAUGGUGAAUCUCAUGGAUAGAGAUGGCAAUGGGAAACUUGGACUUGUGGAGUUCAACGUCCUCUGGACCAAAAUUAAGAACUAUUUGGCGGUCUUCAGGAAGUUUGACCUUGAUAAGUCCGGAAGCAUGAGUGCUUAUGAGAUGCGGAUGGCUCUGGAAUCUGCAGGCUUCAAGCUCAACAAGAAGCUGUACGAGCUGAUCAUCACCCGCUAUUCUGAGCCUGACUUGGCCGUCGACUUUGACAAUUUUGUUUGCUGUUUAGUGCGGCUCGAAACCAUGUUCCGGUUUUUCCAAGCCCUGGACACUGACAAAGAUGGGAUUGUCACCUUUGACUUGUUUAAGUGGUUACAGCUGACCAUGUUUGCUUGAAGAAGACACGGAGCCAACCCUGCAGGCCU